AUGCCAAGAUACCCACCAAUCCCAGAGCAACCUGCUCUUUACACUGUAGACGAUGACGAACCUGACACCAUAGAGGUUGACAACCCCAGGGAUUUCGGAGGUAAGACCCAUGUCACCCGUGACGACCUAACAGAGUUUUAUAUCUCGGAGGGCUGCAGCCGUAAGCAAGCCAUAAAGAAGGCCGAUCUAGAAUUCGAAGCACGCGCCCCAAACUACGGGCUAUGGGGAGCCAACGUCGCUGGGCCUUCAGACUAUAAUAUCGCAGGUGGACGACACCAUUCGGAAGCUAGUCGAAUCAAAGCACAAGUAUGGGAGGCGGCUAAUAACAUCGUCAACGAUGAAAAGUCCUAUAGUCGAGGCUACAGUCCUUCCGACAGUGACCGGGAGUACAGCAAACCAUACUACCCAGAAGAUCAUAAGCGCUCAGAUGUACACAAGUCACGUUCUCAUCCUCAAGACUACGAGAAGAAGACUUAUGGUACUAGAUACUACCCAGAUGAGUUUCCCUCUUCCCAUUCUGCAUCCGAUAAAUACCGCGAGGCACGUCCACGGAAAAGUCACUCAACAAGCGAGGAACCUCGAGUACAUCACGUCGACCGCGAACCUUCAUGGGCAAAAGAAAGCACCUCAUACCCCCGUGCCGAGAGAGCUCGAGCUGAGCGAGACCACCACCGAAGCUCACGAGCUCGUUCUCCCUCUCCACCGCGUCGAACCAGAACUCACAGACGAGAAGAAGAGUACGAGCCAUCCCGAUCUCGCAGCGAACGCGACACAUUUGACGAUUUCUACCAACGUCACGCAGAAGGUAAACCCAAGCAUGUCUAUGAGACUCGCGAGGGUAUCAAGAUCACCGUGAUACCAGACGAGGAACCACGUCGUAGACGUUCCGAAGCUAAAUAUGGCUCUCCCCUUCCUAAACGAAGUUCGAGAUAUGAAGAUACUCCGCUCCCGAAAAGAAGUUCCUCGUCACGUUAUGAAGAUUAUGAGCCGGAGCCGGAGAGCUAUCGUGGUUCGUAUCACGAAAGGCCGUCGUUUGAUAUUCCACUUCGUCCUGCAACGAGGGAGCAUCGUCCUAGAUAUGAUGGGUAUUAG